CAGAGGUCGCUUACUACCGGUCUCCUGUGCUUUCAACUCAUGCUUUAUUUGUGUGUCAUGGUUUAUUUUCCGAGAGCGCAUCGUUUCGGUAGGGGACCACAGUGAAAUGGAUUUUGAACGACGACAGUAAGGAUUUUGUUAUCAUGUUAUUGAAUAUUCAAUUGAAAACUUCAUCACCUGUCCUCAUUGCCGGACAAGAAAGCGUCGAAGUCACUCUAUGCUAUCCUAAAACAAUGGUGGGAUGUUGAUUGUAUACAUACAUUAAUACAUCAUGCCACUGUCAGACAUUCUGGAAAGUCUGAAAGACAACCCCUACUUCGGGGCUGGUUUCGGACUGGUCGGGGUCGGAACCGCCUUGGCGUUGGCCAGGAAAGGAGCCCAGGUCGGGAUGGUGUUUUUCCGCAGGCACUACAUGAUCACGCUGGAGGUGCCCAGCAAGGAUAAGAGCUACCACUGGCUCCUGAGUUGGCUCACCAAGCACGCCACUCGAACUCAGCACCUGAGCGUGGAGACGUCUUACAUGGCGCACGAAAGCGGACGCGUUCAAACCCAGUUCGACUUCCAUCCCAGCCCGGGAAACCACAUCAUCUGGUAUGGCCGGAAGUGGAUCAGGGUGGAGAGGACCAGAGAGAAACAGAUGAUUGACAUGCACACGGGUACCCCGUGGGAGUCCGUCACGUUUACCGCGUUGGGCCGAGACCGAAAAGUCUUCUUCAAUAUCUUACAAGAAGCCAGGGAGUUGGCGCUGAAACAGGAGGAAGGACGGACGGUGAUGUACACAGCCAUGGGAGCCGAGUGGCGACCCUUUGGGUUUCCGCGGCGACGCAGACCCCUUAGCUCCGUGGUGCUGGAGACGGGUGUGGCCGAAAGGAUCGUGGAUGAUGUGAAGGAGUUUAUUGGAAACCCGAAGUGGUACACGGAUCGAGGCAUCCCCUACAGGAGAGGAUAUCUGCUGUAUGGACCCCCAGGAUGUGGAAAAAGCAGCUUUAUCACGGCUCUGGCCGGCGAGCUGGGCUACAGCAUUUGUUUGAUGAGUCUGAGCGACCGCUCGCUUUCGGAUGACCGUCUCAACCACCUGUUGAGCGUGGCACCGCAGCAAAGUAUCAUUCUGCUGGAGGACGUGGACGCCGCCUUCGUUAGCCGAGAGCUGCUUCCAACAGAGAAUCCUUUAGCCUACCAGGGAAUGGGAAGGCUGACUUUCAGUGGCUUGCUGAACUCUCUGGAUGGAGUGGCUUCAUCCGAGGCCAGAAUUGUAUUCAUGACCACCAACUAUAUCGACAGGUUAGAUUCUGCACUAAUCCGGCCUGGCCGUGUGGAUCUCAAGCAGUACAUCGGCCACUGUACCCACUGGCAGCUCAGCCAGAUGUUUAGACGCUUCUAUCCGGACCAGGCCGUCUCACAGGGUGAACGUUUUGCGACAUGUGCACUGGCGACCCGCACGGAAAUCAGCGCCGCUCAGGUUCAAGGACACUUUCUGCUGCACAAAAUGGACCCUGUGGGAUCGAUAGAAAACAUCGCCCAAAUGAAAGAAUGACAGAAGGAUUUUUUUUAAAUGACUGUAACUUGAGGGGGAAAACAAUGAGUAACAGACUCUACAUUGGCUAUUGGCGAACAAACAAUGCUUGAUCGUGAAAAAAAGUGAGAUUGGUCCUGUAAUAACAUUUUGUGCAGAACUUUUUAUGCACUAUUCAUUCUGUUUUCAAGUGUUUUUUAAAAUGACAAUCAUGAUUCAAACUGUUGAAACUCAACAUUUCACAAAUAUUUUCAAUCAUGGUUUUCCAGUUGUCUACCGUAAACAAAAAAACAAAAGGACUUUUCAAUUCGAGCCGAUGACACAUGGAUAAUCAGGCCUUAUUUGAGCACCUCCCUUUUAAACAAAGACAGAAAAGACCAGAUCUCUGUUGUCUCUGACCAAUUAUCCCAAGGGAUUAUCCUUUGUUGUGGGCUGUGCUGAGAGAUUUUUUUCCCCUCUCAGAUGGAGGCCAACAAUAGUAAAUGUUAAACCUGUUUAAUAUUCACAAUUGCUAAUCCUCACCUUUGUUUCCUUCGUUAUGCGUACGGGUCUCACGUAAGAAAAAAAAAAUCUGUGAUAAAUCUCUGUACCCAUUUUACAGUGUUAUAGUUAUGAAGAAAUGAGACAAAUAUCAUGCACUAUAAUGAAAUGUCUUGUAGUUCCCAAACAUUUCUGCUCAACUGUAUUCAUUCUCUUCAGUUUAUUUCACAUAUAUAAUGGGAAGCAGCUGCAACAUCUCAUUUAUAUGUGAAUCUACUGUAUCUAAUUUGAUAUUAUAUAAUGAAAAUAUGUAUAGGGUAAGCCCCCACCUAUUCGCAGUUCCCUCUUCACAAAUUCACCUAUUCAUUUUUUUGUUUUUUUUCUGUGGAAUCUAUUCCCCACUAUCAUCUGGAAAAACUCACUUUUGGAAGUUUGGUUUGCCUAAGCCCUGUCUAAAUAGGAAUUGGUGUCAAGGAAAUAUGGUCAAGUGAUACAUCUCAACAGAUACAGUGCCAUGAAAAAGUACUGGCCCCCUUCUCAAAUUGUUUUGCAUAGUUUCCCCAUUUUAAUGUUUAAGAUCAAACUAAUGUAAAUGUCAGACAAAUAUAACCCAAGUGAACUUAAAAUGCAGUUUUUAAAUGGUGAUUGCAUUUAUUAAGGGGGGAAAAACUAUUCAAAGUUACCUGGCCCUGUGUGAAAAAGUAAUGACCCCCUACACCUAAUAACUGAUUGGCCCAUCCUCAGCAUCAACAACUGAAAUCAAGCGUUUUCUAUAAUUGGCAAUGAGUCUUUCAUAUCUCUGUGGCGAUGUUUCAGCCCACUCUUCCUUGCAGAAUUGUUUGAAUUCAGCAAAACUGGAGGGUUUUCGAGCACGAACGGCCUUUUUAAACCCAUGCCACUGCAUUUGAAUCGGACUUUGACUUUGCCACUCCAAAGCCUUCUUUUUUUUUUCUUUUUUUUUUAAAGCCAUUCAGAAGUUGACUUGCUGGUAUCUUUUGGAUUGUUAUAAAGCUGCAGAACCCAAGUGCGCUUCAGCUUGAGGUCACGAACUGUUGGCUUAACAUUCAUUCAUUCUUCAGAAUUUCUGCAAGAGCAGAAUUCAUGGUUUCAUUAAUCAUAGCAAGUUGUCCAGGUCCUGAAGGAGAAAAGCAGGCCAAGACUAUCACACUACCCCCCACCAUGUUUGACUGUUGGUAUGACGUUCUUUUUCUGAAAUGUUGUGCUACAUUUACGCCAGAUGUAAAAAGACAGACCUUCCAAAAAGCUCAACUUUCAUCUCAUCAGUCCGUAUAAUACUCUCCCCAAAUCUCUUCGGUAUCAUUCAGAUGUUUUUUUAACAAAAGUAACACGAGCCUUUAUGUUCUUUUUGGUUAGCAGUGGUUUUCGCCUUGGAGCUCUGCCGUGGAUGCCAUUUUUGCCCAGUCUCUUCCUUAUUGUUGUGUCAUGUAAGACCUGCAGUUCUUUAAAAGUUGUCCUCAGUUCCUUUAUGGCUUCCUGGAUGAGUCAUUGCUUUUCUCUUGGAGUAAUCUUUGUAGGUCGGCCACUCCUGGGAAGGUUCACCACUGUUCCAUGUUUUCUCCACGUAAGGAUAAUGGUGCUCACUAUUGUAAUCCUAAAGCUUUAGAAAUGGCUUUUGUAACCCUUUGCAGACUUAUAGAUGUCAAUUACUGUAGUUUCUCGUGUCUAAUGCUCACUCAUGUAUAAUACGCACCCCCAAAGUUGACCUCAAAAUUCUGGAAACCCCUUCUUUCUAUAUAUAAUGCAUUUUUACAAUGCAUGUUUUUUUCUUCUACAUGUGAUCAAAACAUUAUCUGUAUUUUUUUUUCUCCAAAGAAUUAUUCUGAAGUGAAGCACUUUAUUUGAACACAUAAUACUUUCUUUUUAUUUACUUGCUCUUAUUUUGAAAGUUCACAGCCUUACUUUUAUUUAGUAAAUGAGAAAACACACAGUUGUUCCCAUAUGUUUGAUUACCCAGGGAGAAUGUGUACGAUAGGUACAAUUCUUUAAAGAAAACAUGCGAAACACAUUUCAUUUUAUUUUAAUGGGAUUCAAAUUAAACGGUCAAGCAUUUCAGAAAAGCAUUAUCAUUAAACAAAACAUAACCAUAAAUAAAUUAAUGAUAGUUGUUCAGUCAUCAGUCAUGUUUUUAAAAAACAACAACUAUAUUUCACAGAUUCUGCCAGCGUAUGUAAACUUAUGAGCACAACUGUACAUGUAUGCAGUCAUACGUGUACCCCUGUCAUAUUGGAAUAAAAGUGUAGGGGACACCUUUUUCAUAACCACUAGGUGGCGGUGGCAUAUUAGAACGAAACCUUUGGAAUGGAAGUGGACAGCUUUUUCAUAACCUCUAGAUGGCGGCAUACAUUUAUAAAAUGGGAUAUUUUUUUCCAUUUUACCCUCUACCUAUUUAUAAUGCGCACUAUUGACUUUUGCCAAUUUUGGGGGGGAAACGCGCAUUAUACACAAGAAAUUACGGUACUUUAUUUCUCAACUGUUCUGGAAGUUCUUUGAAUUGUGUCACUUUGUUGCAGCUUUUUUAGAUCUUUUGUACGACUUGAUUCUGUCGGGACAGAUUCCGUUUGUGAUUUCUUGAUUGAACAGGUCUGGAGGUAAUCAGGGUUGGGUGUGAUCAGUGAAAAUUAUCCAAAAAUUGUGAUUAGCCACAAUGAAUUCAUUAUUUAAAAAGAGGUGCAAUUACUUUUUCACACAGGGCCAGGUAACUUUGAAUGGUUUAUUUUCCUGAAUAAAUGAAAUCACCAUUUAAAAACAGCAUUUUAAGUGACAUUUGUCUGAUAUUUACAUUUGUUUGAUGAUCUUAAGUGGGGAUAACUAGGCAAAAAAGUUUGAGAAGGGGGUCAAUACCUUUUUACGGCACUGUA